AUGGCUUCAGGGAACACGGGAAUUGUCGACCUGGCCCCAGAAUGGACACAUAACUGCCGCAGACUGCAGAAUCAACCUGAUCAGAGUCAUAACACCCACUUCCCCGACCCGGCUCGAUCUCCAUACCUCACGCCGUUCCCCGACCUUCGGAUCAACUACGUGACGGGCCCGGCCAAUCGACCUACUCCGGCUUGCACCCGCACUGCACACCCUCCCGCACCGCAAUUGAGACUCGCUGCCCUCGACGAGCAGCUUAGGCGCCACUUCCACUCAACCGACACCCUGCGGCCCGCUGCAGAACUCAGCCUAGGAGGUCUCGCUCUCACUGACACGCUGGAGGAUCAAAGAGAAUUAUUCCGCCACUUUUCGCGCCGGACGACCACGAUCGGGGGAGACGGCGACCCCGAAAAUACACUCUCGAAGGGGGAUUUGUUGCUUGGAGAACUUCACAAUUCCCGAAACUGUGGCAGCGUUACAAUGCCUUCGCCUUUAUCAACCCCCGUCCUGACAGUGGACACGGCCAAAAUCCACAAGGUCGACACCGCCAACGCGCAGAGUCUACAUGGAAUGUGGAUGGUAUUCUCGAAAUGCGCCGACUACAUGGAGGAAGGCCGCCGCCUGGAAAACCUGAGCUGGAGACUCUGGACGCGAGAGACCUUCUGUGUGGAGCCCGAGACCUCAAGCGAGGCGUCGGUCUUGCCACUCCUUCGUUCCGAGGCUGGGGAUUUGCCAGAACUUUCCGCUAGCGUGGAAUCGGCCGCGUCUGACCAAGCGGAGAGGAUCGAGCAGCACAUCAAGCGUCCGAAGUGCAUGGACUACAAGCCUGCCGUUGUUCGCGACGAUUCCCUGCUCAGCCUCGCCCGCGGGAAAGAGAAGCACAUCACAUCUCUUGGUCUGGAACGCAUGGUGCUCAACAUCAAAGAGAAGAAGCAACUCGAACCGCUCACCCCCGUCAUGUCGACAGUUGCCCCCCCUGUCGUCGAUAUUACCCCGCGCCCGUCUACUCCUACUCACUCACCUUCUGUCUCCACUGCGAAGCGGACGCCCUCCCCGCCUCCUUCCGUCUCUACUGCGAAGCGGACGCCAUCCCCGCCGCCGUACCCUCUCAGUCAACAGCCGAAUCAAUCCACCGAGUCUUGUUCGACCACCGCUCCCGAGGGCAAUGACAGCGACAACAACGUCAACGCCACUGGGUCCGAUACCAGCGUUUCCUCGUCCGGAAUUCUCCCCAGUCGUUGUGAGUUGAUCAAGUCGCCCAGCAUUGUCCGUGGAUUUUCCCCCUCUGUCAUUUCGUCGUCAUUUCGGUCGCAGCCCAGGCUGGCAGCCGAGCCCGGACCGGCAAGACUUUCCACCGCCCGGCCAGCCCCCAGGGUGAAGAAUGGGAAGGGCAUGUUCCUUCUCGGAGGUUCUUCAGGUGAUGACGAAAGUUCAUUUGAGGAUCGCCCUGCCCUGAUGGCACACCGCAGCUCUCUCUCGGACUCCCUGAGCAAGCCCGGGGCGAGCAACCUGAGUCUUCGGAAGAAGGUGGCGUCAUUCAGGGAUCAGGAUGGAACAAUCAAGCCUAUCCGCGAAGGCCCUACGGAUAACGAGGAUGCGGUCGAGAGCGAGGACGAGGUUUCGGAGAGUGCCAUUGAAGACUCGGACUCGGACUGGGAAGAUUCGGUCACGGAAAGCGGCCGAUCCAGCGUUGAGGAGAGAGAACUCUUCCAGCGCGUGGAUUCCCGGCCCAAUCUGGUUUCGCGGCGCUCCCUCCUGACGUUGAUGAUGCACCAGCCCACUAAGAUGGGAGUCCCAUCCCGAUCGAGCCCAGCCCUACAGCGGUCGCGCACGUCGCCCAAUGGUCCCUCGAUCCCCGCAUCCCCGCCCGACGAUGAUGACGAGAACCUAACGAUGCGCGGGCCCGGCGUUCCUCGCUCGAAGCCAAUCGUCAUGAAGCCCACCCCGCAGUCUGUGGCGCACUCCCCGCGGACGACUCGCCGCAACAUGCUUGCCACGGAACUGACGGAAUCUCUGCGCCGGCACUUGUUGUGGGAACGCCAGCAGAAGAGUGCGACCGCCAACGCCUUCCUGAAGCGCCGGCACACGGCGCAUGAUAUGGCCAACCUGCAGGAAUAUCCCGGUCCGAAGGGGUCUCAGAACGAACAGUCGUCGGCGCAGGACAAGACGGGCUCCUGGAACAACUACACCGACUUCGGACCAUGGGAAUACCAUGUGAAAGGGUGGUAA